ACGUUGCUGCAGACUUUAUUCGCUUCAUUCAGUGCGUGAUCCUUAGUCUGUCAUAUGUGCGGGCACCUUCCUCAUUACUCUGGAGGAAUCUCCUGUAACUUUUUUCCAUGUGUUCGCCUCUCUAAUCAAGUGAAAAAACGUGUGCGAAUCGCAAAGUGCGCCAAGAUCGAAUAGACUUUCCCCAUGCGAUUCGCGUUAUCCUUCACCGAAAAUUUAAUCAGUGAAACUUGAAAACACACGUUGCGAUUGAUAAACAUAAUUUGACAUCGGGAUUUAUCGAGAGCGAAAAAGUUUUUGAUAUAAAAAGGAUUAUUGCUUCAUUGAAAUAUUAUAUUUUAAAUAAUGGCGAUCUUUUCGUUAAAAGUUGCCUGUUAAUUAAAAAAUGUAUACGUAUAUUCCAUGCAACUAAAAUAACGAUCAUUACUGCUAUUGCAAGCAACCAUUGAUUAAUUACGACAAUCAAUGCGACGUGUAUUCAAAUCAUUGCAGUCUGUAGCAAAUUCGCACGCGUUUGUUCGCCAAAAUCAGCACUUUAAGCACCACGAUUAAGCGUAAUUCCCCGAAUUCUGAACACUGAAACGGCAUUUCCCGCAUUCACGUAUCUCUUCAGGCAUGCUCGAGAGUCUGGUCGAGUAAACACUCAUUACAACGGCAUUACAACGACUUCCUACGAGGAAUUUCAUCGAAAGCUAAGAUGACGGGAUCUGGAGACCUUAAUGACGGAAAUCGGUGAGCUCGAUCUCCUCCGUUAGACAAAAAAAAUCUAGUCGAUCAUUUCCCAAAGCACGAGUGAAUUCUGCGAGGUGGAUUCUUUAAUAAUAAACAACAUGGCACGUCCGUUGAGUUACCUUCUCGUGAUCGUAUGCAUCGCUUACGAAAUGAGCGCGGAAAAAGAAUCGAACAUCCUCAGGCUGAGCAGAUUGCAGAAGGUUGCUUCGAACGGGACAAAAACGACAAACUUUAACGUAACGGAAUACACAAAAGAGAAGAAUAAAUCCGGCAAACAGUCGUCUCUAAUUGCCUUCAGCAAGAAUAACCCGGAGUUGGACUGGAAGAAUUACUUGAAGAUGUUCGACGGAAACGAGGAAGAACAUCGGGAUCUUGACGUCGAUUUUAUGAAGGAGAAACUCGAAAGAACGGCCAACAGUAUACAAUGGCUCGCUGAUCUUUACGAUCCUCUCAGGUGGGCCAGAGUACCUGGAGAACUUCAGGAUGAAUGUCGAAGGGAUAUGGAAAGAUUUCUCAGUGCAUUGAGAGAUGGGAAACUCUGGGCGGCGAAAAUGUCAGACGCGAGUGGCCGCUACUCCUCGCAAUUUCACUUCGGCAAUGGCUUCUGGCUGGGCUCGAUCACCCUCUGCAAGGAGCUCAAUAUCACCGACAGAAAAACUAUAAUGAGUGCCCAGGAGCAAUUACCUUUUUUCUUGAAAUUUCACGUCGCAAGAUUUUACCUAAAUCUCCCGAAGGAGGUUGAAUUUUCGACACGUCAGGUGUUUUUGGGUCUCUGCCUGCCGGGUACAUGCGAUCGCGCAUCCCUGACCUCGAUGCUAAGGGCCAGCGCUGAUAGAGUCGAACGCGAAGGCAAUUCGACCUAUCGAUCGAGCGGCCCGAAAAUUCACGUUGUUACGGUGAAGCCCGUGCCAUCCAGCAAUUACUGCGCCUGGCAAGAUCCCAAAUUUUACGUCCUCUCAGCCAUCGGCGGCACGAUAUUGAUGCUGAUGAUCUGCGCGACCGUGUACGAAUACAGAUCGUUUCCUCUCACGAGCGACAUCGAGUCUUCGAGCGUGUCGAAUAACAAUGACAAAACCAAUGAUUUUAUAGAUAAAAAUCUGAAUCAAGACCGCAAUGUGGGGCAGGAAAACGAUCAGGAGCUGAUCGAAAAAGGGACGAAGCAAAAAGAGAUUCCCAUUCAAAAGAAGAAUUGCAGCAAAGGAUUCUGGUUGAAAUUUUUACUCGCGUUCAGCCCUGCCGUCAACGGAAGUAGGAUCAUUAGCACCGAGCCUGCGGCCAAAGAUAGUCUGACUUGUCUCCACGGUCUUCGCGUGUUCUCCUUGGGAUGGGUUAUCAUGGUGCACACGUACAUUCAGGUCUUCUCUAUCGCCGAGAACAAGACAUUGCGAACGGUCACAGAAAGGAAUUUCAUGUUCCAGACCAUCAGUAACGCGACAUUUUCCGUGGAUACUUUCUUCUUUAUUAGUGGCCUGUUGGUGACUAUACUGUUCUAUCGAUCCUUGGGAAAUCUUAAUAUCGAAAAGGGCAAUUUUUUCAAGACAAGCUUUAACAAAUUUGUUGUCAUGAUCUUAUAUCGAUUCGUCAGACUGACACCGGCUUACCUCUUUGUGCUGGGGAUGAACGAGAUCGCUAUAAAACAAGCUCAAGCGAAGACAGUCUUUUCGCCUGUUAUUAUCGAUCACCUGACCUGCGAAAAGUUCUGGUGGCGAAAUGCGCUAUAUUUGAACUCGCUGUAUCCGCGCACGGAAAUGUGCAUGAUGUGGAGCUGGUAUAUGGCAAACGACACGCAGUUCUACGUCCUUGGGAUAUUUCUUCUUUUGCUCUCCGUGAAAUAUUUCAAGACCGCGGUCGCUAUCGUUUCGCUGUUGAUCGUCUCUUCGUGGUUCACUACGUUCUCGGUAGCCUACAGCAACGAUUACAUAGCCAGGAUUCAAGAGCCGUUUGCUCUAUUCGACGAACUUUACGAUAAACCCUGGCUGAGAGCGGGCCCGUAUUUCAUCGGCACGAUCAGCGGUUAUAUCCUCUUCAAAACUAAGUGCCAGCUAAAGCUACCGAUGGGUGUGGAAUUGAUCGGCUGGAUACUGUCCGCAGCCAUCAUGUUCUCGGUGGUGUACGGACUGUAUCCCGGAAAUUUGACGGUGAUGGUGAGCUCCGUAUAUGCUGCCUUGGGACACACCGCAUGGGCGAUGGCCGUGGCUUUUAUCGUGAUCCAAUGCUGCACAGGGUCGGCACGAAUGAUCGACAGUUUGCUUUCGCUUAGGCUAAUGUAUCCUCUCACGAGACUCACAUACUGCGCCUACCUCGUGCAUCCUGUUAUCAUGAUGGUCACAACUACAGCGAUGGACGGACCGCUGCAUCUCCACAAUGGGAUUGUGCUUAUCCUGUACUUCGGCAACCUAGUAGCCUCGUACCUACUGUCGUUCUGCAUUUCUCUCGCCUUCGAAGCACCGGUGGUAACUUUGUUGAAAAUUGCAUUCACCUCGAAGAAGAGAGCGAGGUAGAAUGCGAUCGUUCGCCAGAUAGAAGGAUAAAUACGAUUAUCCAGUGUAAUAACGAUUACUUCAAAUCUCAAAACAGAGAUGAAAAUCACUGAACACUUUUCCAGGACGGAAAAGUUCAUCUUUAUUUCUGAGUAUAGACCGCUGACAUUUGAUAAUUCUUGAUAAUAAUGUAAACAUUACGUGAUAAUUUAUGUGAUGCAAUAAGCCUUAAUUCCUUGAUGUUAAAAUUCCUUUUAACAUCAAUAGCAAGAUAAAAAAAAGUUAAAUUCCUUAUAAAUCAAUUUAAUAUUAACAAAAGGUAAAGGGAGAUAAAACGUCAAAAAGAUUGAUAGAAAACGGCAAUUAAUUAUUCUGGAAAUAAAAUAUUGCAAAUGUAAAAAUUCAUUAAAAAUUAAAACCAGCUGAUGUAAAUACAAAGCUCUGACAACUUUUGUCGAGUCGAGAAAUUCUGAAUUUCGGGGACAGUUUUAUUUGCGAUUCUCGCAGAGAGAGGCAACAGUAAAGUUGAAAUGAAAUACAUGCGAAUCUCAUAUUUCUUCCUACUUUAACACGUAUUUAACAAUUACGUAUAAACAACAUGACCUGUUAGUGCAAUAAUCCUUUAUUUACAUAAUGAGUAGGAAAAUGUUCCCCAUGUCCAAGAAAGCGUAAAUCGCUAGCAAUGCAAUAUAAAGUCACGUAGCGUGUUAAGAGACUUUUUUCGCGUCGUACAUAGUUGCGAAUUUAUCAUGUCGCGUGUGAAUGAAAAAAAAAUCUAUGAUAGCAGCCGUAAAUAUAUAAUACAGCCGUAUAAACAAUAAUAAAAAAACGUU